AUUUCAGUAGUUUCCGUUAAUGCGUUCGCCUCGCCGAGUUAGCUCCUUGAAUUUUUGUUCCUCCUUUCGCGUUGACGCGUAAUUACGAUUAAAAUAUGAGAGCCUAAACGAGCCGAGGGAAACAAUUGAGCUAAAAACAGCGGAAAAGCGCCGGAAAAUAAGCAAACAAAAUUCGAACGUUCUUGUUCGUGUGCUGUGAAUCGUUGUAUUUUAUUUUUUUUUUUUUUUUUUGUGUUUGAGUGACGGCGGCAAGAUGCCCCUGUAUUCGGACUCGACCAACUAUUACUAUAGUGGCGGCAGCAGCCAACUGUAUUCGCCGUACUAUAGUUCCGGCCUGGGCCUCAACCUGGGCCUGGGCUCAACGCCCGGCUCGAGCUACACGUCCAGCUACAAUCGCUCCUAUCCGGCGAGCUACAUGGUGCCCCUGAGUCCCUCCUCCCCGAGAUCGCCGAGCAGCUACACGAGCGGCUCGUCCGGCGGCAGCAGCUCCCUCCAUGGCCUGGGCUCCAGAUAUCAACCGAAGCUGACCACCAUCACGGAGACGGGCAGGCACAGUGGUCACUCGAGCCUGAUGCCCCUGACCAGGAUCAAUUCGCCCAAGUACAGCUCUUCGGUGACAACUCCUAGCUAUGGUUCAUCGAGUGCCAGUAGUCGCUAUAUACCAGCCAGACCUAUAGCCAUCAAUACGGCGGACAUCGAUGUGAGUUCCUCCAGAUAUCGCAGGGGAGUGACCCCGAGAUCUGGGGAGAAGGAAAAGGAGAAGGAGCCACCCAAGGAGGAAGCCAAGCAACAGGAAGAGGAGGUCAAACCCUCUCCCAAGGAAGCACCUCCCGAAACUCCGGAUCCCAAUGCCCAAACUAGACCCAAUCGCAGGUCCACCAUCAAGAGGAAUCGCCCUGUGGUAAGACUCUCCACCAUACGAAGGCGCAGCAAGGAGCGCAGUGCCGAGAGUCCCAAGAAGGAGACCCAAGUGCAGGAGCAUCAAUUCAGGGACUUGCCACCAGCCGCAGAGCCCAGUUUGAGUUGGCGCCAAAAGUUGGCCGAAGAACUGGCCGCCUUUCCCACCACCAGCAAUAAGAAAUCACCCGGAGAAUUGCUGCGUGAGAGAUUCUACAUACGCGAUGAAAAGGAGGAAGUGGCCAGUUUCAAUCAGGCACGAGUUCAGGAACUAAAUAAACCGCAAAUUGCUCAGAAAACCCAUAAUCAGGAGGUUGAAAUGAGGCCAAAAGACGAAGAGGAUCAGGAGAAAGUGGGCUCGGAUCUGGAGGAAAUGCAGGAGACCAUUCGACGCUUGAGUCUGGUGCAAUGCCCCACAUUUCAUGAUAUUUGCGAGGAUAUCUCAUCGGACAAGAUCGAUGAUGAUCUGAAUGCCGGGGAACUCAGACGUAGGGCGUCCAUUAUCCAGGAGCAGGAACAGGAGAUCCUGAACAAGUUGCAGAAAUCGAAUUCCGGCAGCUUUCAGUUGAUCCAUCUGGAGCGGAGAUCCAGUCACGAUAGCACCACCACUAACGAUGAGGAUCUCAAGGAGAGGUCGAAGAGGCGCUCCAAGAAGAGCAAGAAGAUGCGCCACAAGAUCACCGCCAUUGUGGAGGUGGAAAAUGCCCCCACACUUCCAGUGGAUCAUAUGCCGAGUGUCCUGGAAUUGAACGAGGAGUCGCUACUGGUGCAGCCAUUGGUGUCCAUUUCCGGUUCCGGUUCGAGUUCCACACCCAGUCCCAGUCCCAAGCCAAAGUUCACCGUGAAUGUGGAGACCGUGGAGGAGCACCAUCAGAUACACAAGGUCUUCAAGCUGCCCAAGAAAAAGACAGUGCCCAAGGAUCAAAAGGAGGAGGAGUCCUCGUCGUCCUCUCUGCCCGAGGGAUUCAUGAAGGCUGCCCCGAAAACGGCCAAGACAUCGCCUCUGAAGAGGGCCCAAAAACAGCAACAUGUGAGUGAGGCACAGAUCUUCACCUUCGAUGAGGCAGCCAUACAGCAAAAUGAUCUGGCGUACAAAAAAGAAUUACAACAACACAAGGUUCAGGCCAAAGUUGAGCCCAAAGUUGAAUCCAAAGUUGAACCCAAAGUUGAGGACAAAGUUCAGCCCAAAGUCGAGCCCAAAGUUGAGCCCAAAGUUGAGCCCAAAGUCGAGGGUGUAGCUACGCCCAAGCCCAUUCGCAAGGCCAUCCAAAAAUCAGAAAGCGGUGAGGACUUUUGGUCUCAAAUCGGUUCCAGGGAAACGCUGUACAUGACCAAUCGCAAGAAGGUCUUCAACGAGCGACAGGAGCAGCUCCUGGAAGAGGAAGUGCCCAAAUCCCCAAUAACGCCCAAGGAAACAAAGACAGAUAUAAAGACACCAACGACGCCCAAACUCAAGUCCGAACUUCUCAUCGAGCUGAAGACAACGCCUUCAAUAGUAUCAACAGGUGGUAAGACACCCAUACAAAAAGUAUCUUCAGUGCCACUAACGCCAACGAAAGCGAAGACUAACCAAAUGGAAGUACAGAAGCCAUCCGAAAUAGACUCUUCAACAACUGUCUCAGCUAAGGCAGCCACUGAAGAUAUUACACCAAAGUCAUCGACAACUGCCGUAGCUAAAAAAGACCUACCAAAACUAAUAACAACAGAGGAGGCUAAGUCAUCAAUAGCAACCAAGCCAACAGCUGUGACACCAACCAAGGAUUCACCAAAAACACCACAAACUAAAGUGAAAAUAUCGCCAAAAUCAACAACACCACAAACAAAGGCAGAUACACCAACAAAGGAUACUCCACAAAACAAAGUAGAUAAACCAACCAAAACUUCACCAACAAGUAAAGCAGCAACACCAAAUAAGGACUCACCAACAAGUCCAGUCAAGGAUUCAACAAAAUCGCCAGUCAAGGAUUCAACAACAACAACAAUCAAGGAAUCGCCAACAACGCCACAAAUAAGUGUCGAAACACCAACAAAAGAUUCUCCAACAAGAAAAAUGAUUACACCAACAACACCACAAGCUAAACCAGCUGCACCAACAGUUCCAUCAGAGGUUGACACACCAGCAACACCACAGAUCAAAGCAGCUACACCACAAACAAAGGUCGACACACCAGCAACACAACAAAUCAAAGCUGACACGCCAGCAACACCACAAAAAACACAACAAGCCAAACCAGCGACAGAUGAAGCCAAGUCAACACCAGCAGCAUCAAAGACAACAACGGCUAAGAUUGCCAUGACAGCAGCAGCAACAACAAGUGUUGCUGUUGCAGGAAAAACAGCAUCACCCAAGGGGGCCAAGCAAUCUGGCAACGCCGUAGCCAUGACAACAGCAACAGCAACAACACCAACAGCAGCAACAGGCAAAUCAAAAUUGAACGAAACAGCAGGGCCAAAAAUAAAUAGCGGGCAAACGGCCAAGUCACCUGAACAACAACAGGCAACGGCAGCCGCAGUCGAAACGAAAAUAAAUAAAACAACGAACAAGGAACAACAGCACCAGCACCAGCAGCAACAGCAGCAACUGCUCGACACGGCAGCAACAUUGGUGCCACAAACGGAAACCAAAACGAAAUUGACGGAAGCCGCUGAGCCAACGGGCAAGUCAAAGGUGCAAUCACCGAAAACGACAAAGCCAAAAAGUGCCGGCAAAACAAAUGUUGGCAAAAAGAAAGCUGCAACAGCGGCAGCGACAGCAACGCCGACAGCAGCAACAGAAGCUGUAACAGCUUUGUCUGAGAGCAAUGUGACCCCAAUCAAUGCCGAUCAAUUUAUAACGCUGGCCCCCACAAAGGCGGCCAAAACAUCGCCGAACAAGCAACAAGCAUUGCAAGUGCAACAGCAACAGCAACAUGAGCAGCGGCAACAGGCCACAAAUGCGUCAUCGCCGGCGGCAGCAGGCGAUGCAACCACAACGCCCACAACAAUAACAAUUGGUGUUGCUGCUGUUGCUGCUGCUGCUGCUGCUACUUCAGAUGUUGCUGCUGCUACCGCUGCUGCUGCUACCGCUGCUGCUGUUACCUCGCUCAGCAGCAGCAACAACAGCUGCGGCGAAGGCGUCGGCAAUAAUUUAUCAAAGUUUGCAACAGUAUCGAAUUUGGCACAGUGUCUGCGAGACGUUGAUGCCGAGCUAGAGGACUAUAUACCCUCGUCGGCGGAAAAUAGCCAAGACGACGACGGCGACGAGAGCAACAGCGACGACGACGACGACAGCAACAUCAGUUCCUCCGAAUAUUCCAGUGUUGACGGUUGUUCAAACCUAAGCGCCAGCAUGAAGAAGAAGCAGCGCAAGGAGAAGAAGAAGCAGAAGGCGAAAGCCGCCGCCGCCGCCAACGAGAAGCGCUUCGAUCCGCACAAGAAGAUCAAGAUCGAUACGACGAACAAGUGCUAUGUGAAGGAGGAGGCGCCCCGGUAUCCGCUGGUGGCCACGCCGCGUCCCCUGUGGAAGCGGGAGAAGAUCGUCUACUCGGAUGAGAACACGGACGAUGAGAGCGGCAGCGAGGAGGGCAGCGGCGGCUCCCUGGACGAGGACAGCGACGACGAGAGCGGCGGCGAGGAGUGCAGCUCCUCCAGCAGCAGCGCCAGCUCCGAGGAUCUCGAGGUGGCCCCCAAGGGCGGCAGCUCGGCGGCCACCACGGUGAUCGACUCGCCCAGUUCCGCCGGCUCCACGGCCGGCACCCUGGGCACCUCCAGCGGCGGGGGCGGUGGCGGUGGCGCCUCCACCUCCACCUCGCCCUCCAUCAUCCGGAUGAGCACCUGCAGCAACGAUUCCGGGUUCGAGGGCGGCACCGCGCCCUCCAGUCCCAAGAAGAUGUUAGAAACAUCAUAUACAUAUUCACAAUUCCAAAAAUCCGGACGUUUCACUGCGCCAGCAACAGUAAUACCUAGAUUUAAGAAUUAUUCGGUAGAUGAUUUCCACUUUCUGGCCGUUCUGGGCAAGGGAAGUUUCGGCAAGGUUCUGCUGGCUGAGCUGCGUGACACCACGUACUACUAUGCCAUCAAGUGCCUGAAGAAGGAUGUCGUCCUGGAGGACGACGAUGUGGACUCCACGCUCAUCGAACGCAAGGUCCUGGCCCUGGGCACCAAACAUCCCUAUCUGUGCCAUCUGUUCUGCACCUUCCAGACGGAGAGCCACUUGUUCUUCGUGAUGGAGUACCUGAAUGGCGGCGAUCUCAUGUUCCACAUCCAGGAGAGCGGGCGCUUUUCCGAGGAGCGGGCCAGGUUCUAUGGCGCCGAGAUCAUCUCGGGCCUCAAGUUCCUGCACAAAAAGGGCAUUAUCUAUAGGGAUCUCAAACUGGAUAAUGUCCUGCUGGACUACGAGGGACAUGUGCGAAUUGCCGACUUUGGCAUGUGCAAAUUGCAAAUCUAUUUGGACAAGACGGCCGAUAGCUUUUGCGGCACACCCGAUUAUAUGGCGCCCGAAAUCAUUAAGGGUGAAAAGUACAAUCAGAAUGUGGAUUGGUGGUCGUUUGGUGUGCUGCUCUACGAAAUGCUGAUCGGACAGUCACCAUUCAGUGGCUGCGAUGAGGACGAGCUCUUCUGGUCCAUUUGCAAUGAAAUUCCAUGGUUCCCAGUCUAUAUAUCCGCCGAGGCCACCGGAAUACUCAAGGGGUUGCUGGAGAAGGACUAUACGAAGCGUAUUGGAUCGCAAUACAGUCCAGCUGGUGAUAUAGCUGAUCAUAUAUUCUUCCGCCCCAUCGACUGGGGAUUACUGGAAAAGCGGCAGAUAGAACCGCCCUUUAAGCCCCAAGUGAAACACCCCUUGGAUACGCAAUAUUUCGACCGGGUCUUCACCAGGGAAAGGGUGCGACUCACCCCCAUCGACAAGGAGAUACUGGCCUCCAUGGAUCAGAAGCAGUUCCACGGCUUCACCUACACGAAUCCUCACAUCACCUUGGACUAGAGCCUAAUUAAUAACCUAAUUAAUUACUUAGAGCAACAGUAUUUGUAUAUGUAAAUAUUUAUUAUGGAACUACAACAAAAAAAAGAACAAAAGGAUUAACGACCAAAGAAUUUGAAAAAGAAAUCGGAACUUUAAUAACCCUUAGUUAAGCCUCGAAACCCAUUUAAAUUUUGAGCGUAAUUCUAGUCAGUUAGCUAUACUUUAAUGUCUAAGUCUAAUUGUACAGAUAUCCCUCCUCAUAUUUACCUAUAUAUAUACCUACGCAUAUGAAUCUUUUUUUUUGCAAAUUAUUUGUUCUUAAAUCUAGUGCUUAAGCAAAGGUCUACGUCUAUGAGAAAUAAAAAAGUAAACAAUUUAAA